GCCAUUACUAGUACCUACAAUUUCUUUCAUGUCUCAAGCUCUGUCGUUCCAGAAAAUACAAUUUUUAUCAUUAAUUCAUGAAUAAAUGAUAAAAAAUUUACGUUUGCGAUCCCCGUUUAUUAUUUUAUGUCAGGGUGGAACUUUCCUCGAGCUUUUCGCAUGUGUUCUGUUUCUGUCCUGAAAAGUUUUAAAAGAUAAGAUCUUUGCUCUUCGCAGGAUCUCUCUUUCUGUUCCUCUCUUAGAUCUCAUUGAUUCACAAAUGAACCCUACGAUUCCAUUCAAGUUUCCUUCAGUUCCUAAUUCCUUAUCUCAGAUAUCUCUCCUUUGAUUCAGAAUUUCAGAUCCCUCUCUUUCCACUUUCCCUUUGUUACUUUUAAAUUUUUCUUCCGACAAAAAUCUCACGAUCCCUCAAACUUUCUCUAAUGGUUUCCACUUCCAUUCGCUUUCUCUUCAUUGCUUCCAUUUUCUUCUUCGCUCUAUAUUCCAUUUCUUUUGCUCAGGAGUCUGGGCUUGAAGGUGAGAAGGAGGAAUCCGGUGGGUCAAUUAAAGAUCUCGGCCGCCGCGGCAUGAUUGUUUCAAAGAAUUUUCAGAAUGGUGCACUAGACGGGAAGGCUGAUAUUGGUUCCAUGGGAGUUGAUCUAGGUUUUGAUUCGGCUGGUCUUGGCAUCUUCGAUGGAUUCUUUACAAGUUUGUCCAUGAUAAUUGUUAGUGAGAUUGGAGAUGAAACGUUUAUAAUAGCAGCUCUUAUGGCUAUGCGUCACCCAAAGUCAACUGUUUUAUCUGGUGCCCUUGCUGCCCUGAUUGUUAUGACAGUACUUUCCACUGGACUAGGUAGGAUUGUACCAAAUUUGAUAUCAAGGAAGCACACCAAUAGUGCUGCUACUGUUCUCUAUGCGUUUUUUGGGCUUCGGUUACUUUACAUUGCUUGGAGAUCAGAUUCAAAGGCAUCACAGAAAAAGGAAAUGGAAGAAGUAGAGGAGAAACUUGAAACUGGUCAAGGGAAAGCAUCUUAUCGCCGCUUCUUCUCCAGAUUUUGUACACCAAUAUUUUUGGAGUCAUUUAUUCUAACAUUUCUAGCAGAAUGGGGGGAUCGAAGCCAAAUUGCAACAAUUGCUCUGGCAACGCAUAAAAAUGCACUUGGAGUAGCUGUAGGAGCCAUAAUAGGACACACCAUCUGUACAUCAUUGGCUGUGGUGGGAGGAAGCUUGCUAGCGGCCAAGAUCUCACAACGCACUGUCGCUACAAUUGGAGGCUUGCUCUUCCUUUGUUUUUCCUUGUCUUCAUAUUUCUAUCCUCCCCUAUGAUUGUAGGCUAACAUGAUUCUUUUGGAGCACGCCCCAUGCUUUUCACUUCAAUUCUUCUUUUUGGUUAUAUGAACACUGAAAGAGUUUUAUACUAACUGGCUGAAAACCAGAUAAUUGUUCUUGUUCUUCUGUAUACAUAACUUUAGAUAUAUACUUGGUUUUCCUUAGAGUCCACUCGCAAAUAUUGGAAAUUGAUUUUGAAAGCAAAAAUUUUGGUGGCUAAAUGGCUCAUUUGUUGGUUUAAUGGUUUUUCUUCCAUUAUCUCAUUCACAAAUGUCCCUUUAUAUAUUAAACAAUUCUGCCAUGCGUCCGCUAACAAGAAAUAGUCGAUUGGAGCAAAGAGUAAU